AUGGCCUCCGCACCGGAGGCGCCAGCGGGGCGGGACUUCGACUACGACUACAUCGUCGCCGGGGCGGGCCCCGCUGGGCUCGCGGCCGCAGGCUUCCUCGCGAAGAGCGGGUCCCGCGUCGCCGUCUUCGAGAACAGGCCCCGGCCCGAGGACGUCUUCGGGUCGUACCCCGUGGUCCUGAACGCGAGGGGCAUCGCCGCCCUGGAGCAGCUGGACGAGGCCGUGGCGAAGCGGGCCUGCUCCACGGGCAUGGACGUGAAGGAGCUCCACAUAGUGCCCGGCAACCGCACCGUGGCGCGGGUCAAGACGUGGGGCACCGGCAUCAUGCGGGACCAGAUGGCGCAGAUUCUGCUUGAGUCGGCCGAGGAGCGCGCGAACGUGACCUUCUUCUGGGAGCACAAGCUGAGCUCCAUCGACUUCGCGGCGCACUCCUGCAGCUUCUGCCUGCCAGACGGCUCCGAGGCGACCUUCACCGCGAGCCGGCUGGUGGCCGCCGACGGCAACCGCUCUCGCGUGAGGCGUCUCUGCGAGGAGAACGUCGAAGGAUUCCAUGUCGAGGCGGACCCAUGGGGAUUCCAGCUGCGGUUCAUGACCUCGAAAGGCCAACCUGGCCAGACAGUCGUAGACCCCGCGCACCACUUCGUGCUCGGAGACAAGGGCUACGUCUGCCAGCAGCCGAACGGCGUCUGGAGCGUCUCCCUGCGCGUGCUCCCUGGUCAGGACGAGGACUUCCUGACGGCCAACGAGGCGACGGAGGAGCGGGUGGAGAAGCUGCGCGAGUACACGACCAAGCACGCCAAGGACUUCGCCGAGAACCUUUUGGACGACGAGGCCUACAGGGGGUUCUACAGCUGCCGCGCCUUCGACGGCAUCGUGGUCAAGUGCUCGUGCCUGAACCCCGCCGGCUGGGUGUGCAUCAUCGGUGACGCCGCGCACGCGGUGCAGCCCGCCACCGGCGAGGGCAUAAACUCCGGGCUGGAGGACGCCGCCGUGCUCGGGCAGGCCGUGCUGGAGAGCCCCGAGGACCCCUUCGCCGCGUACGACGCCAGGCGCAGGGAGGACGCCCAUGCGCUCCACGCGCUGGCCCUGCGGGCCCGCGACAAGGUGGUGGCGCCCCCGCCGCGCCAGCAGGCGGCCAGCAUCAUGGUGACGAUCGGCCUGAGCAUCGCCAAGAAGCUGCACACCUCGGCGGGCACCGCCCAGGACUACAUGCUGGGGGAGCGGGCGCGGACGGUGGGCGUCAAGGGCUACGCCGAGCUUGUGGCGAUGGAGGACCGUCAGACGCGCGGCCUGCGCAAGGUCGCCAUGGGCAUCGGCAAGGUCUUCCGCAUCCCGAAGGAUCGAAGAACAGCACAUCGCGUAUAG